CGCCUUAACGCGGUAAUAUUUCAUACUUCAAAAGCAUUAGCAGACCAAAAUUAAAAAAUAAAACACAGUACCAUUGCAUCUUCUCUUUCUCUCUCUCGCAAGCUUUGUCUUUGGGUCUGACAAUCUCUGUCAAAUGGGUAACAACCCAUUCUUAUUUCCGUCUACAGUUUCCUAUUCUCAACCAUCGUUACCGUCGUCACCAUCUUUUAAUUCAUACAUACCAUCUCCAUCUCCAUCUCUAUCUUUUGAUUCAUAUUCUCCAUCUUCUCCAAGUCUAAAUUCUCCUUUUCAAUUUUAUCAAAGUCUUCCAUCACCGCCUUCCCAAAUUUCUUCAAACCAUUUCGGUACCCCUUCUGCGGAUGCUGUUGGACCUUGCGCGGCCUGCACAAUCCUUCACCGGCGAUGCACAGAUAAGUGUUAUUUAGCUUCCUAUUUUCCUCAGGGUGUUGAACCACACAAUUUUACUGUCGUUGAUAGCCUCUUUGGACUUAGCAAUGUCGUAGAGUUGCUGCAGCAGAAUAAGCCAAUUCUUUGUCUUACCGUUCCACUUAUUAUUGUUGUUGGAGGAGAAACACAAGUAAAGAUGGAAGUCAACUCCAGCAAAUCCCAGCAAGAUUUAGCAAUAUUGCUUCAACUUGCGAACUCCAGUUUAAUAUUAAUGGCCAACCCAUGCUUGCCAAUUUUGAAAAAUUCAAAAGCCUCGCAUUCAUACAAUAGUUCUUCAAAGCCUCCAAUGAUGGUUUGGAACUAAUCACGCUGGCACUCUUACAUCUCCAGUGAAUAAGUUUGGGGGAUAAUAAUGAUCUGAAUUUCAGGUUAAUAAGGUAGAUGAAUCUCUAGAGGUUAAUGUUAAUUCCAAGCCGACAAAAUUGUAAUGGAU